GUUUCCAUGGAAAUUCACAGGCUUCCCACCCAGCUGCUGCCUGGGCAGGCUCCCAGCCUGGGCCUCAUCCACAGCCAGCUUCUCUGGGAUCAUAGGCCUGCCCAGCGGCAGCUUCUUUGGGUCCUCUCUGAACCCGCAUCGCUUACCUGAACCUCAGGUUUUCUUUAGGGACCUGGGCCUCUUUUGUCCUAGACCUUCAGCUCCUCAGCAAACGGUCUCUACAGCUCCUGCCCUCCCUCUCAGGCCUCUCUUGCCUCACUAGGCCAUUUCACCCUUUGUUCUGCUGCUCAUCCCACUCAUGGAGAACCCAGGACUGGUUGUGCACGGGCAGGCUGCUUCCUUUUCCACAGCACUCCGAAGUCUUGUCAACAACCCCCGGUACAGCGAUGUUUGCUUUGUGGUUGGUCAAGAACGGCAAGAGGUGUUUGCCCACCGGUGCUUGUUGGCCUGUAGAUGCAACUUCUUCCAGAGACUUCUGGGGACAGAGACGGGCCCUGGGGUACCUAGUCCUGUGGUGCUAAGCACGGUGCCGACCGAGGCCUUCUUAGCUGUGCUGGAGUUCCUGUAUGCCAACAGCGUCACCCUGCACCGCUACUCAGUGAAGGUGGGGAGUCUGCCCAUUCUGCUGGGGGUUGAGGGGCAGGGGAAACUCCCUUCUGUUCCCUCAACUGCCACCCCCUUAGAGAGGAGGAUAAAACCAAGACACCACCACACAGUUCACUUUCGUUUCUGUCCCCAGUUAUGCUUGGAGUUUGUGAUGAAGGUUCUGGAUGUGGAGCUGGUUUGUGAGGCCCUGCAGGUGGCUGUAACCUUUGGCCUGGGGCCGCUGCAGGAGCGGUGCAUAGCCUUCAUAGAGGCUCACAGCCAGGAGGCUCUACGAACCCGCGGCUUCCUGGAGCUAUCGGCCACUGCGCUGCUGCCCGUCCUACGCAGUGACAAGCUCUGUGUGGACGAGGCUGAGCUGGUCAAGGCAGCCCGAAACUGGGCGCGCGUGGGCGCCGCGGUGUUGGAGCGACCGGUGGCCGAAGUGGCGGCUCCAGUGGUUCGAGAGCUGAGACUGGCCUUGCUGGCCCCGGCGGAGCUGAGCGCCCUGGAAGAGCAGAACCGACAGGAGCCGCUCAUCCCGGUGGAGCAAAUUGUGGAGGCGUGGAAGUGCCAUGCCCUACGGAGAGGAGAUGCGGCCCCGGGCGCACCGUGCAGGCGGCGAAGGGGAACCCUGCCCCGGGAUCACCACCGUUUUCUGGACCUUCGUUUCAAAUGAUCCACUUCCGGAACUUGGGAGGCAUCUGCUCUGAUCACACUCCAAACUACAGCUCCCGAGGUGCCCUGCGCCCGAGGCGGGCUUCCGCCCCCAGCAAGCCCUGCGAGCCGGAGGCCGGAAGGACCAUGUAGGGGCGGGCCAGUGCCAGUGGACCCGAGUUGGAGUCGUGUCACGGGCUCGGGCGACGCCCCGAGGCCGGAAGCGAGGGUGGCAUGUGUUCCAUGAGCUCACACCACAUCCUGCUGCCGGUCACUCCUCUGUCCCUCUAUUCGGUUGACGCUGUUAUCUAUGUAGCGCAUCCUCCUUAACAGCAAAUCAGCUUCCUGGCUCCAGGCUCAGCACGGAGCUUCUCAUCUUCUCUCUCCCAAUCCCGUAAAUACUGUUUCUCAUUUCUGCGGGUCAGGAACCAGGAUCUCUUCUUGCUUACCUCAUGCCCUUUCUCCCUUCCAAUAGUACUUUCGAGUUGGUUUAGGCUGCAGCCUAUCUUCUGUCACUUUUGGGGAUCUUUUCCGCCAUUACCCCGCCAGUGCCCCCUCCUCACUUCUUCCCCCCACCCCCAGUGUUCAUUGCAUCCCCGUUCCAUCGUUGUGAUUGUCACGCCCUUCCCUGAGUCUUUCAGCAUUCCAGGACAAGCUACUAAAGUUUCUAGAUAUUUAGCGGUUCUUAACAUUGAGUUUGGGAGUUCCAGAAUUAACUUUUUUGGGGGGUAGGAGGUGGGUAAUAUCUCACUGUGUAAUCCCAGCUGGCCUAGAACUCAUUUUGUAGGCCAGGCUAGCCUUGAACUCACAGAGCUCUGCCUGCCUCUGCCUCCCCGGUACAGCGAUUAAAGGCAUCAUGUACUAUUCCAGCUAAAUUAAAAACAACAACAAAAAUGCUGGACAGUGGUGGCACAGGCCUUUGAUCCCGGCUCUGGGGAGGCAGAGGCAGACGGCUCUCUAAAUUCGAGGCCAGAGUGGUCCUCAGAGCAAGUACCAAGACAGUCAGGACUACACAGGGGAACCCUGUCUAGGAAAAUUAAAAACAAAACAAAACAACCCAUAAAAACCUCUUUUUUUUUUCUUUU